AUGGUUACUGGCUCAACGGAUGGCAUUGGAAAGUUUACAGCAGAGCAGCUGGCCAAGCUAGGCUCCACGGUCAUCAUCCAUGGCCGCAAUCCUCGCAAGAUCGAGGCUACAAUAGCGGAACUGCAGCGCUUGGCGCCCCAUGCCAAGUUGCACGGCGUCCAGGCAGACCUCAGCCUGAUGUCGGAAGUCCGCCGGUUGGGCGAGGAGGUGGCCGAAAAGUUCCCUCAGAUUCAUGGUCUUCUGAACAAUGCUGGCACCUUUGAUGGCGACUACACGGGGCGGCGUGUAGAGACCGAGGAGGGCAAUGAAUAUUCCCUUGCGGUUAAUGUCAUGGCACCCUUUUUGCUCACAUCGCUUCUCAUGAAGACGGUCAAGGCAUCUGGUGCAGGGCGCAUCAUGGUGACGUCUUCGGUUUCCAAGGGCAGUGGCGAUGCCUUGAAUGACCUGCAGCUGCAGUCUGGGUGGUCUGGUCACCGCGCCUACUCCCUCAGCAAGCUAUGUGAUGCCAUGAUGAUCGUCGAGAUGGAUCGCCGGUAUGGGGACGCCCCGAGGCUAUGUUUCCAUACCAUGGACCCCGGCACAGUCGACACGAAGAUGCUUCGCGCUGGCUGGUGGUCAGGGGGAAGCUCUGUACGGACCGCUACGUCCGCGGGCAGCACCAUGGGACCUGGGAAUUGUCUUCCACGGGCAGCGCUGCACCAGCAGUAG